AUGGGCUCUGGAUUGUCAUCAAAGAAGAAACCGCCUCCGGUCAUUGCCUCGUGUAAGGCUCCGAUUUACUCUGUGAAGCGAAUGGGUCCAAGACAUUUGUUUGUUGCUGGUGGCGGAGGAGCCGCAAAAACUGGAGUCUUAAACAAUAUGGAGGCACUUCUGCUUAUGUUUGAUUCAAAAGGAACUUUUCCAGUCACCGCCAAUUUGACAACACAGUUCAGCACGGGUUCUUUUGCAACAAUGAACCUGGAUUUGAUACCAUAUGGGCCACCACAAGCCGGCGUUUAUCGUAUUGCAGCUGGACAUGAUCAGUACUGCGAUAUCUAUGAAACCAUUGGAUUUAAUGUUGAUGCGAAUGCUACUGCUUCUAAAAACUUGAACCUCGGAUUUAAAAUACGCGAAGUUGCGAGACUAACAACAGACGAACGAGUAGAAAAUGCGUACCAGAAAUGCGUGCGCUUUGACCGAAGUCGUGGUGGGCAACGUCUUGCUACAGGCGGUUCCGAUGGACACAUCAGAAUAUGGGACAUCAAAGCACUGGAUUCGAAUCGAGACCCUAGAAUUCGACACGAACCGAUUGUAGACAUUUCGGCUCAUUUAUCAGAUGUUGACGACAUUGAUCUUUCGCAGGAUGGUUCAAUUGUCGCCUCAGUUGGUGAUGGCAAGGCAUUUUUAUGGGAUACACAUACUGGUCGAAAAAUUUUCGAAGUGCCUUUACCAAAUGAUUUCCAAGGAAAAUACAGAGUUCGGAGUCUCCGAUUUGUUCCACAUGAUGGCAAUCGAUAUGUUUUUGUGGUUGCAUAUAAUCAAAUUCAACGGACUUCAAAAUCAAAUUGUUACCUUGGAUUGUGGGUGUUUAGCAAGGAACGAAAUCAAGAGAAGAUUAUCAUGCUACGGGAAAUUGCUAAACAGGCAAUUUCGAGUCUCACCGUCUCUUCUUGUGGUGAUUACACUGGUGUCGGGACUUUAGGAGGAAGUGUUGGCAUAUUCGAUACGCAUGACCUAAAGCCGCUUCUCUGGAACUUCGACACACAUGGCAUUUUUGUGACCGGACUGGAGUUCAUCGAACGACAGGCAAAUGACAUCGUUGCUGAUGAUAACGGCAAACUCCAAAAAUACCCUGGUCCAGCCGCUUCAUGGAAGGUUGCAUUGGUAUCUCUUUCUGCAGAUCAGACGGUCCAACUUCACACCGUGCCCAUUCCUACAGCAACUUCAUUAGCAGACACCUUGUUUUGGGUCUCAUUGUGGACGUUUUUCAUUCAGAUGCUUUUCCUGUUUAUUAAAGCUUAUUUA